CCGGUUUUUUUUACACUGAUCCACUGGAUAGGAAUUUAUUCUGUGGAAGGCCGUUGCCUAUCUUUUGAACUUUAAUUUCUUCGGAAACUAAGACAAAACUGUUACUUUGCCGUCUGAGAGUCCCGUUAGCGAGGAGUGCGCGUAAUGGAGUGCCGAACGAAAACGAGAAUGAUAACUGUUGGCGCUGUCAUCGCUAUCUGAACUUCUGGAGUUCAUCGAAUAGGAUUUACGAUACCAUACUCCAACACGAUGGCACAAGUGUCUAACAGGGUGGUUUUUGUGCGUUUGGUAGUCUUACAGUAGUUGGCAUGGUAUGACCUCUUAAGGGACCUUUGUUUUAACAAGUCGCCCGGGACUGAUAAUAAACCUCACGUAGAGAUACAGUGGCCAUUGGGUAUCAUUUGUAAUGAUGGCCUUAGUUGUCUUGUUUGAUUUGGUGGUUUGUAUUAUUUGUCUGUAUUUUGGUUUUUACUAAAUGCUCUUUUUUUUCAAGAAUAUAAAUUCAAUUUUGGGUAGGAAUUUAUCAGCCACUGAAAUAAGCAGGAUAGAUGCUUGAGAUAAAUUUCCAUUAUACUCGCAUAGGGUCUAUGUUAGCCAAUAAUGUUUCCCAAACUAGUGACUAGACUACAUUAUGAUACUAGUUUUACGCUAAGGGAGGUUCACUGCGAGAAGCUGCCCAGUAAUUAUAGUCCCUUCUCUCACCCAUUUAAUCAAUUUAUCCAUUAGGAGUGGGUACUCUUUCCAGAUGAGGAAAAUUUUUCAGAUAUUACCUUAAAUAUACAAGGAGGAUUUUAAGUCUGAUUCUACAAUCCAUAGGCCUAUUUCUAUUCUACCAGUUGUUAGUGAAUAAUCGAAACGAUUAGGCUAUGUUUAAAGUGCCUAUAAGCUAUAACCCAUAGCCAAUAUCUUUCUUUUUAAAAAGUAGAAACAUAUAACAUGCAAAAACAAGAAACAGAAUGGGAUUUGAGCUCAAUCUCGAUUUUUAACAGGCGAUCAAAAUCCCGGUUCACUAAGUACAAAACGCACCUUAUGGGGACUGGGCCAAGUAGCCUGUGACGUCACCCGGUAUCUCGGUGAUAACACAAUUGGCUACAACAUACCGGGUUGACGUCACAAGCAUUUAGUGCCAGGUCUCUCAAUCACUACUUUUUAAAUAAAUAUGGCGGGAAAUUAGCCUCAAAUUGCUGAUUUCCUCCUUCGAUAAAAGUGAGUUAAAAAGCAAAAUAACUUUUAUUUCUUCGCA